CACCACCACUGGUUGUUCAUCUACAUUCACUUGCGCUGUUUACUUUGUCUGCGACUUAGCCAGCUAGCACUUUACUCCCCCCCCCCACAUAACCCUCAUUGCUUUCCUUUUUCUUUAUCUAUUAUUAUCUGCCACCGUCCAGGGAAGACGGUCUAUAACCCAGAAGACAGAUGUAUGUCUACGCCCGGGGUUGCAUAUCGCGUGUUUGGCGCAUGGAUUCGGCGGCGUUUUUUUCCCCCCCCCAGCACAUCCCUCGAGCAACCCAGCUUGACAUCAAUUGGAGGACCUGUGCAAAUAUGUUUUCUUUCUUUUUCUUUCUUUUUUUUUUUUUUCUUUCUAUUUCUGGUUUUUGCCAUCUCUCAACAUGACUUAAUUGUUAAUGACAGAAGAUCAUCAUCAGCUUUGGGGUUCUGUGUCUGUCAGAUACCAUGAUGAAUGCUUUCCUAGCGUGUACAUAAGAGUGUUUUUGAUACACACACACAUAUAUAUAU